AUGGGCCCCCAGUGGGCCCCACCGCCAAUGUAUACUGAUGGUGGAGUGCCGGGUGGAAGACCGAGGAUGGUCGGGAUGAGGCCACAGUCGAUGUACGAUCGACCGGCCGACCCCUCGUUCACCAUGAUGCCCGCACGGAUGCCGCCGCCACAGCUCAGGAGGUCCCAAAUGUCGCUGAACACCGUCGGCGGCUACGACGCGUUUCCCGAGCGCAGCAAGCAGGCCAGCCGCUACUCCCUCCACGAAUGCAUGAUGGAAACACGCGUGCCGCAGCCCAUUUUCACCGACCCGAAAACGCUGAAAAAGAUGGAGAAGAAGCACCGGAAACUGAUGAAGAAGCUCAGCGGGAAAAGAAUAGACCCGGCGCUCGGGCCAUUUUAUCCAGGCACCCUUCUACCCCCACCACCGAUGGCCACCCAGGUCGUCCCACCGCCACCCCAGUUCCACCGUGCCGUCAGCUACGAUAACAUACACCGUUUGAAGGUAUCUAAUAUAAAGUUGCAAUUUCAGAUGCCGAUUCCCAGCAAAUCAGCCCUUGCCCGAAGAGUACCUGAAAAAACAGACAAUGCUAAAGCAAGAAAUGAGGAAUCGACCCCUGGAAAGCACCUCCUCCGGCCGUGGAUCCCUUUCGCCAUCACCCCUGACCUCGUGCUCACCUACCGAGUCACAAAACACCCGGGAUACCUGGUUCGAGAGCCGACGACGGUCCGCGAAGGAAUUGGGCCCCGAGCGGAAGAUCCCCGUUCAACUAUUGAACCGCAACCGUACCCCAUCGCCCGACUUUCUCAGCCACCGGACGCAGAACAUGGAGAAAGUAGAGAAGCGAUAUACGAGCCGCUCGUGCACCUACUCGCAGCCGAUACCCAGGGAGCGAAGCUCGGCCGGAUAUUCCUCGAGCCGCUCCUCAGUGUCGGGCCCGCAACAUGGCGACCACCAGUCGGAGAUCGACUUCAGCUGGAAAAACCCGCCCAAUUACCGAUGUGCUAUUUCGGCAUGGAACCCCCGGCUAUCCCCUCACCGAACGUAAACAUGAGGCGGAAUGAAGCGACGAACAACAACAGCGCUUCGGAUCUGCGCGCGAAAUUGGCGUAUUUUGAGCGCGAGGCCAAGGAGGCGGAGAGGGAGCGGCAGCAGGCUAGGACGGCCGAUCAGGAGCGCUGGCACACCUCAAUGGCUUUC